UGCUCGGAAGCAGCUUGCAGUGUUUUGGGGGGAAAGAAAAAAAGAGAGAGAGAAAAAAGGCAAGCCUGUGGAGUUAGCUGGCUGUGCGUGUUUUUGUUUUUAUUUAAUUUUAUUUUAUUUUAUUAAGUAUUGGUUUUAAUUAAUUUAAGGAGAACCAGAUGAAAGCAGAGGCUGGAAAUUAUUAUUUUUUAUUUCAUUUUUUUUGGUCAAGCAGACACACUGGUGCAUUGAGUGAGCUGUGAGAGCAGUGAGGUCUCUCUCUCUCUGUCUCUAUCUGCAUUGAGGGGAAGGAAAAGGGACGGAAUAAGCAAAAAAAAAAAAAAAGGAUGGAAUAAAAUUCGGCGCUGAUCUUGAAUGCAAACGCUCGGAACCCCUUCGAGCCUCUGCUCAUCUUGGCGGAUUCCUGGUGGAUUCCUUUCUUCCCUUUUUUUGUUUUUGAUCUCGUGUGCCUUUUUUUUUUUUUUUUGAAGUGGUCAUGCCUUUUGUCUUUUUAUUCGGAAACGUCGCGCGGAGCCAUUUCACGACGAAGCUCGACUAACACACACACACACACGCAUGCACAUAAAUACAUAUUUGCAUACACUCAUACACACUGGAGUUUAAAAAUGAGGAAGCAUUUUUUAAAAGAUACUGAAAGGAUCCAGGCCUCGUCCUCGACACGGCCCGGUGCGCUUGACAAACGGAGGAAAGGAAUAAAAAGCGAAUAAAGAAAGAGGGGGGAAAAAAAUGGACCAGGCGCACAAGCGAACACGGACAGCACCAACGACGACGGCGGUGUGUGCGCGCGCGCGCGCGAGCGAGUUUCUCCUCGAGCCGAACAAAAAAACGAAACGCUUCGACUCAUGAGCGUCGGAUAAUUGCGUUUCAAGAAAGAAAAACAAACUGCAACAAUAUAUCCGCUUUGUUUCUCUUUCCAUGCCAACAAUCCUUUGAAAUUUUUCUUUUCUUUUUAUCUGUUUAUUAAAUUUUUUUUUUAAAUGUAAUUUUUUUUUAUCCGGAUCCAGCGUUCAUAUUGUUCAAUGGAAGUAUGUUAUCAGUUACCGGUGUUGCCUCUGGACAGGCCGGUUCCCAAGCACGUGUUGAGCCGGAGAGGAGCGAUCAGCUUCAGCUCCAGCUCCUCUCUGUUCGGUGCUCCGGACCCGCGGCAGCUGGCGCAGAGACGAGGCGCAAUCUCCUACGACAGUUCUGAUCAAACUGCUCUGUAUAUUCGUAUGCUAGGGGCUUGUGUUAUAUUCAAACAGCUGUUUUCAAGAGAUGUGAGAGUGAGGAGCCAGGUAGGAUUCGAACCCGAACGAAGAGGCUCGCACCCGUACCUGGGUGUCGAUUUCCGCACCUUACACUCCCGUGCCGAGUCAGCGGGAUCGAUUCCGGCCCGGAGGAUCCGCAGACUUUUUAGUUUCCAGCGUCACCUCCUGUCGUCCCGGUUAUUGCGGGGAGCUCCGCACCUGAACCCCCUGCACAUCCUGGACGACGAUUACUGCGGACAAGCCAGGUGCAUGUUGGAAAAGGUUGGAAGCUGGAAUUUUGACAUUUUCCUCUUCGACAGACUGACGAACGGAAACAGUCUAAUCUACUUGACCUUACACCUGCUAAAUCAUUACGGCUUAAUUGAGCUCUUCCAGUUAGACAUGGUUAAAGUACGACGCUUUUUAGUUCUGGUUCAGGAGGAUUACCACAACCACAACCCGUACCAUAACUCGGUCCAUGCUGCUGACGUGACCCAGGCCAUGCACUGUUACCUGAAGGAGCCGAAGCUUGCCAAGUCCCUCACUUCCUGUGAUAUCCUCUUGGGCCUGCUGGCAGCAGCCACUCACGACCUGGACCACCCCGGGGUCAAUCAGCCUUUCCUCAUCAAAACCAACCAUUACCUAGCCUCUUUGUACAGGAAUACCUCAGUUCUGGAGAACCAUCACUGGAGGUCUGCAGUGGGUUUGCUACGAGAGACGGCGCUCUUUUCGCAUCUUCCGAAAGAGGACAGUGUGAACAUGGAGAGGCAGUUGGGGUCUCUGAUCCUGGCCACAGACAUCAGCAGGCAGAACGAAUACCUGUCCAGGUUCAGGACACACCUGGACCAGGAGGAGCUGUGUCUGGGAAACGCCUCUCACCGUCACUUCAUCCUGCAGAUGGCCCUGAAGUGUGCAGACAUCUGUAACCCGUGUAGGCCUUGGGAACUCAGCAAGCAGUGGAGUGAAAAGGUGACAGAGGAAUUCUUCCACCAAGGAGAUAUCGAGAAAAAGCACAAACUUGAAGUGAGCCCACUGUGCGACAGCACCGCCAACUCCAUAGCUGAUGUUCAGAUCGGUUUCAUGACGUACGUCGUGGAGCCGCUGUUCGCCGAGUGGGCUCGUUUCUCGGACACGUGGCUCUCUCAGACCAUGCUGGGUCACCUGUGCCUGAACAAAGCCAGCUGGAAGGCCCUGCAGCCCGAGGAGGCCGAGUUCGAGCAGGACAGCGGCUCCAGAGCCUUACCUCAGGGAAGCGUCGAGUCCUGACACUGCCUCGCCUCGCCCCUGCCCCUCCCCUGCCCCGCCCUUCCGCUUUGAUCACUUCUGAUUUGCUCACCCUCCCCAUCUCAAACCAACCACUGAUUUAAUUUAUUUAAUUUUAACUCCUUUUUAUUUUUUUCCCUUCCACAUAGAGCAAUACAUGGAUACCUCAUUCAGCUCCUGCUGCGAGUUUUCGAUCUUACUCUUACACCUUUUUUUUUUUCUUUCUCCUUUUUAACGUCAUGUUUUAUUUAUUUAAAUUGUUUUGAUUUCGUUUUCAUCCGGGGAAAGCCUCGCUAAUCGAACUCAGCUGGGGGAACUGGGGAACGAUGGAUUGAACCUGAUGGAUCCCUUCUGCUGGGUCAAAGUGCCAUUCCCCCCCCCCCCCUAAAAAAAGAAUCACUCAAACACCAAGAGUAUUCACGCGACAAGUUUUUAAACAACUGCGCCAAGAGACAGUGUGUGUAUGUGUGAGUGUGGGUGUGUGUAGGUGUGUGUGUGUGUUGUUGCAUUUUGCAAACGAAUCUUCCUUCUUGUGUACAAAACUGAAAGAGAAAAAAAAAAAAAAGACAAAUGUGAAGAGCCCAGUCAUUUGCUGCCUCUACGAAGACUGUUUACAGAUUGUCUUUUUUGUUGUCAUUGUUAUAAAUGAAUCAUGUUGGUUCUGUGAUUUCUUUUUUCUUUUUUUUUUUUUGCCUUUAAGCACAGAUGUGAAGAACCACUUUUACAUGUUUUUGAACUGUUGUGUUACUGCUGAUGUACUGAACAAAAAAAAAAGCAACCGAGGGACUGCACUCGAGUCGGUCUGAAAUGCCAGAUGCCAUACAAGCGCCAUUUUGUGCUCCGUCGUAAAAUUCUCUCCCUGCACUCCAGAUUCUGGUGCCACAUGAUUCGGACGCGCAGCUGCUUCUGCUGUGAAAGGACCAGGGACCGGCUUUCCUCCCUUCCCCUCCGACACUCCACACAUCCAUCCUCUCUUGUCCUCCUUCACCCUGCCUCCUGAUCCUACUUUUCCCUGCUGUCACUCAAUUCCGUCACGCCUCUGUUUCACUCUAUCCUGCGAUCCCUUUUUCAUCACUCCACGUUAUGAUCCUCCUCUUCUUCUCUCCUGCUUCUCUCACUCAUUUUCCCCUUCUAUCCACCCUUUCUCCUCCAUCUCUCCGCCACCUGAAUCUCCCUUUUCCAUCAGUUAUUCUAAUGACUCUAUUUUCUCCCCUCCAUCAUUCCAUCCACUGAUCCACCAUUCGUCUUCAACCGCUCCACCCUCUGAACUUUACUUCCCUUUGUUGUUCCACCCACUCGUCUUUCCUUUUUAUCCUUCCAUCCUCUGAUCCUUCCUUUCCCCUCCAUCUCUGUCAUCGGACUAUCCAUUUUCCAUCAGUUACUCCAACCCCACAUUUCCCCCUACAUCAUUCCUUCCACUGAUCCACCAUUCACCUUCUAUCCCGCCACCCUGACCUUCACUUCCCCUCCAUCACUCUGCUCACUGAUCUACCCUUUCCUUAUCUGUUCCUCUUCCAAUUCCUCAGAGUCAUCGCCUCCCUUCCUCCUCACCUUUCCCCUCCGUCAUUCCCACCACUUACCCCCCUUUUUUCCGCUUCCGUCACUCCACGUACACGCCAAUUCUCCUGAGCCCUGGAUCGAGCCUCGUGCCACACGGGACAUGUAGCUGACUGGAAUCUCCACGGAUCUCGCUCAGGGUCUCGCAAACCUGCUCAUCACUCCGCUGGAAGAAAAGAGGAAGCGAAAAGGUGCCUUUUAUAGGUAGCUGUCCCCUUCCCCCUGCCGCCGGCUAACCGCAGACGACAGACGUAGAUCUAGACUCCAUUUCAGAAUGUGUCUCAGCCACAGUCGAGCUCUCCAUCCGGACGACUGCUUCAAAACGAUGCCUUAAAACUAUGCACAAAGCUAAGUGACCAAACCAGCUUGUAUUUUCAUUAAAGCGCAUCAUCACGUCCGUUUGAUUCUCGUCCAGCCCUUUGCCUUCUGUCAUGGGAGAUUAAAAAAAAAAAUUUAAUAUAUGGAGGAUAAAAUGAUUUAAUAAUUAGUUGUUUUUUUUUCAACAUUGAAUGAACAUUCCAUUCUUUUUUGUUACUCUGUACAGGUGGUGCAGUUGUGGGUGUUUUUUUUUUUUUGUGUGUGCAUCUCUUUCCAGUUUGAAAGAGAGCAGGUGCUUUUUUUUUUUUCCCUUUUCUUUUUUUCUUAUUUUAGCUGAUUUGUAUUUUUGUUGUAAGUGCUGUAAGACUGUUGAUUAAAAAAAAACAAAAAAACAACUGUUUACAAUUUGUUGUAACAGCCAUUUCGGGGAGAAGACUUAAGUGUCAAGCCAUUUUGUAAAGGCUUUGUCGUACAGACUUUUUGAUACAUGCUUGUUGCAGUUGCAUUUUUGAUGAAUAAAAAUGGUUGACAUGA